AUGGGACUAGCAUACAACAUCUACCUCAACUCCAAGCGCGUCUAUGGCUGCAAGAACUGCAAGACACACCUCUCCAACCACGAUGAUAUCAUAAGUCGAAACUUCCGCGGCCAGCACGGCAAAGCCUACCUCUUCGACUCAGUCGUCAACAUCAUCCAGGGCGAACAAGCGGAGCGAAACAUGACGACCGGCCGACACAUCGUGCGGGACAUCAGCUGCCGGCAGUGCAAGGAGACGGUCGGCUGGAAGUACGACAAGGCGUACGAGGCUGCGGAGAAAUACAAGGAGGGCAAGUACAUCCUCGAGGCCGAGCUGCUCUGCAAUGUGAAUUAG